GAUUGCUGUGCAUUGUGGGAGUGAGUGAGGAAGUAAAAUGGCGGAUUUAGCGAAUGAGGAAAAACCUGCCAUUGCGCCGCCUGUUUUUGUAUUCCAGAAGGAUAAAGCACAAAAGAGAUCAGCUGAUGGCUCAAGUCCUGAAGAUGGUGAAGAUUCCGAUCGAGAAGAUGGUGCAUAUUGCCCCCCUAUUAAGCGAGAGAGAACAUCUUCCUUAACCCAGUUCCCACCUUCACAGUCAGUAACUAAGAACAAUGUUUUUAUGCCAUCGAGUUUCGGGAACUCGGAUUCUGAACCAGAGGAAAAGGGUGUUGGAUUCCGGCUGAAACCUCCGACACUGAUCCAUGGGCAGGCACCAAGUACUGGUGGCCCAGAAGGGGCAGAACCAGGAAGCAGAGCACAAAUGGCUCAAAAUGGCAUGAAAACAGCAAUAAUGGAGCUAGCUGGAAAAGGAAAUGACAAUGGAAAUGUUCGUUUUGGGGAAGCUUUAACACCAGGAGUUUUGAGAAAUGACUGUGGGGGAGAAAUGAAUGAAAAUGAGCUCCCUACUACAUCACCAGACCAAAAAAAACUGACUUCUGCGAUGAUUCAAACUGACAUUAAGGACUGGUUGCAGGUCAGCUAUUCUAUUAAUUUUAAAGACAAUGUAGUUGAACCAGCUCCUAUGAACGAUGCAUAUAAAAAAACUAGUGAAAGCAGUGAAGACCAUCCACUGCUUCCUUCAGAUUCCUCUGCUGCAACCCCAUUUGACGUUGUCAUAGAUCUGACUUCUGGCACGUCAUCUGAGGGUUUUUCAACAGAUGUUAUGGACAUUAAAGUACUUCCUAAUACUGGAACGAAUGGUGUAAACAAACAACCCGAUACUACGGAGCCCGUCUCACCCCCACUUUUGAACAACACAAUAACUUCAGAAGUUGUUUCUGAUGCAUCAAAUGAGGGUGAACACGUGAACAAAGGAAAGGAAGUCAGUACUAAAGAGGAUGAACAGCAACCAUUUAUCUUUGGGCAGAAUUUAAGAGAUCGAGUUAAGCUGAACAGUGAAGAGACAGCACUGGCAUCUCUGAGCGGUGAGAACACUGAUGCAUCAGCAACUACAAAUUAUUUUUUGCAGUAUGUCAACAUCAGUUCUGAUGAUUCUUCAAACAGUACUGAAGUACCUGGCAACAAAUUUGUGUUUGGACAGAAUAUGAGCGAAAGGGUUUUGAGUCCCCCAAAGUUGAGUGAAACGAAUUCAGACAAUGGCCGAGAAAAUGCUACUGGAGGAUCCAGUUCUGAACCUUCUUCACAUGAAGCCACUCCAGAUAAGUCAAAUAGUACCACAGAAUCCUUGGCUGAAUCUGCAGCAGCUUAUACAAAGGCGACAGCAAGGCAGUGCUUAUUAGAAAAGGUGGAAGUUAUCACUGGAGAAGAGUCAGAGAGUAAUGUCCUGCAGAUCCAGUGUAAACUGUUUGUGUUUGACAAGACUUCCCAGUCCUGGGUUGAAAGAGGGAGAGGUCUGCUAAGACUUAAUGACAUGGCAUCCACAGAAGAUGGUACACUACAGUCACGGUUAGUCCUGAGGGCGUUAGGAUCUAUAAGGCUCUUAUUGCACCUAGAUGCCUGGGCAGAGAUGACACAACUGGACAAAGCUAAGUCUAUGCAAACUGUUAGACUUACAAACUCGGAUGCAGAGGAGGUAGGUGUUAAAUUAUUCCUGAAAGGGGCAAGCUCAAAAGAUACAGGACAGUUGUAUGCAGCACUGCACCAUCGAGUUCUUGCUUUGCGGAGCAGAGUUGAGCAAGAACAGGAGACCAAGGCAGCAACUGAUGAACUUGAGGUGGCAAAGUAUCAUGAGGAGGACAGUGAUGAAGAUGAGGUAGUCCCUAGUGGAUCUUCAGGAAAUGACCCUGGAGAAGCAGAACAAGAACAGACUGCCGAAAGCACAUAGCAGCUUCACUUUGGUCUAUUUGCAAAGCUACUGUUUUUUUUCCCUUUUUGGACUCGGAAGUACCUCUGUGGACACCCCUUAUCAGCAGUUGUGUUCCAGGCUUUGUUGAAGGCAGACUCCAGACUGGGCCCGGCACAGAUAAUGUCUGAACUGUGCAACUGUGUUAUAGAAUUUUCGUCUGGAUUAGCCAAUUUUACAAAAGGCAGAUUUAAAACUGUCAUUUGGGGACUUGAAGGCUCAUCAUAUUGAUGAGCAGAAAAAGUUUUUUUCUUUUCUUCGCCUUUGCUUCAAAUGGCUCAAGACAAAUUUCUGUGGGACCUGACGCAUUCUUUUGUUUCACGUGUCACAUGCUUGUGGGAUAUUCAACAGCCAUCAGAGCAGAUUUUCUUUCCUAAAACAAGACAAAAAAACAAAAAAAUGGUUCGCUACUGUUUGUAGUCUGUAAGGAGUUGUACCAGCCACCUUUUUCCAUACAGCACAAAGUGAAUUACAUAUCUGUUAAUAGUAUAGUCUCUUUCACAUGGAUGAAAGUUUCACAUUUUGUACCAUGACAGUGGACGUGUGGUUUUGAUUCUCAUCCCAUUGCAUCUCAAAGUGUGUCCUCUGUUCUGGUUGGUCUGUACACAGAGGUAUGACAUCAUAUGGGUCAAGAGCAGUUUGACAGUUGACUAAAAUGAAAAAAUAAAUAAAUAAGGUAUUCGUAUGGACAUUCUACAACAUUAACUUUUACCUGUUUUCAUUAUUUUUGGAGGCGGGGGGGGUGAGCGUUUUGCAGACUUUUUUUGUUUUACUUGAGGAUAAGAUUCCUUGUGUGCUUACAGUGGUUGUUUUGUAUUGUAUAUUUUUUCCUUUGUAGCUGUUGAGAAUGUUGUUUAAAGGAAAGUUAAAAUCUUUGUUGGUGUUCUGUAAUGCAGUUUGUGUAUCUGCACCUAGUUUAUCUUGAUUUAACACUGGCAAUGAUGCAACAUUCAAAGCAGCAGUCUUUCCCGUUUUAUAGUUGUGAUGUAGUCAGUUGCGCAGGGAAAUUUUGCAGAUACUGUUGCACUGAGUCACUGGUUACACAAGUACAGAAUUUUUUAACAUUUUAUUACAAAGGAAUUCAUUACAGACCAUUUGAACAGUUUGCUCUUCUCUGUUUUUAAUUAAAGCUGCUUUGAUAAUAGCAUAGGACAACAAUAAUUUAGUUUUAAUUGCACCCCUUUCCAUUUACUGCUUCUAAACAUAUAAGGGCUUAAUUUUCUUUUUCAUUUGGACUUGUCUUAAUUAUUGGAAAACUUUCUGUUGGUUACCAGGAAUAUAUUAAUGUACUUGAGCACUGUAGAUUUUUUGUGCUAAUCUAUUUAAAUGAUUUGGCAGACACCACAAAACUGCAGCUUGUGCUGAAACCAAAUUUUACACACACACACCCCUCAGUACUGUAGAGAUAAGAUAAUUGGGUAGGUUCUUUGUAUUUAUAAUAUGGAUUAAGAUAAUAUGCAACUAAUUUUAAUGUGGAAAAUGUAUAGUAGAAUUACAUUAGAUUGUUCAGCUGUCCUUUAAGUUAAUUACUCUCAGGCUAGAUUAAGGAAAGAAGAAAACAAAUGUACAUAAGUAUAUAAAUGCAUAUGUAAAAAAUGUGAAAUGUUCUUUUCCCUCAUGUACUGCUUUAAAGACUUUAAAGUUGAUUUUUUUAUUUAUUACAUAAUAAGAAAGCAGUUAAACUAAAAAAGAUCCCCCCUUUUAUAUUAUUGAAAAGCGUGCCUGCUACACAGUCCAGUUUUCUUUACAGUGUACUCAGAAGCCCAGCAUUCUUGGUGUGCAUUUAGUCUCUGCAGAAAUGUUACUCGUAUACAAGAUGUUAUCCCUUCAUCUCUUCAGUCCUCCAACUAGUAGUGUGACAUUCAUUACUUCUGCUUCCUACACAAAAUGUAUACUUUUGUUCAGACUUUUGAUGUUGCUGCUUUGAUUGUGCAAGUUUGGUAACGUGACUUAAGAUUUGUUGAAUACAGUUCCACAUCUUACUGGCACAUCCAUUAUAAUUUUAACAUUUUUUGACUGAAGUCAAAUGGAUGAUGGGUGGGACUUUCAUUUGUCAGAUCUUGAAUUUAGUAGUUACACUACUUGCCUGUUUGCAGCAUGAUUUUGACAACCCGGUUGCUUUUUUUUUUUUUCUUGGGGUUGCUCCUGUCCAAUUUUCACAAAUUAAAAUUGAGAAAUGUAAAUGCAGUGAUUUACUUAAAAAUCACACAUUAGUGUUUGGAUGUAUAGAAGUUUAAUUCUAAGUACUGGUCCACAGUGCAUACUGGCUUUUCUUUCAGCAUUUGUUACUUUUUGCUUCAGUCAGUACCUGUGUUUAAGGUAGUGUCAGGCCCUCCCAUUUAGGAAGUGAAGUUUAAAAGGUUGGGCCUGUCCCCUUACUUUAAAGUAUAUCUUACUUCCAGUUUUAAAAAAAAAAUAAAUGGCAUUCUUUAAGUUAAUUUCUGGCCCUGUUCAGCAAAAUGUAGUUAGCAGAGAGCUAUUCUUUUCUUAUACCUUCUGCUUCACAUUUAGGUUUUGAUAAGUUAGUUAACAGUUGUCACCCUUGUGUUUGGAAAGCUUAUGUAAGGUUGUCAUACCAAAUGUCUUUGGGAAUUAAAACUUUUAACAAGCAUCUAA